CGGCGCGUCCGAUCCAUGGCGGCCGAGGGGGGCGGAGGGGGAGGCGGUGGCGCGGCCGGGGAGGGCUUCGAGGAGCGGGUGAAGCGGCUCUUCGGGUCGCGUCUCUUCGGCGACGUCCCGAGCUCCUCCUUCCCGUCCGCUUCCUGGUCCGUCGCCGCCGGCGAGGUCGAGCGCCAGCGCUGGGCGCGCCCUUCAGAGGCCCGGGACGAGGAGGAGGAGGGCGCCGCGGCCGACCGCGCCGACACGCCCUGCGCCUCCGCGUUCUACGACGCCAACGGGUGCCUCCGCGGGCGGAGGCGGCGGUCCAAGCAGGACUUCGAGGACGACCCCGAAGACGAUGAAGAUGAUAAGGAGGAGGAAGGGAGGGGUCAGGACGGUACCAAGGUGGAGCUGGACGAGGAGGAGGAGGUUAGGGUUUCCAUCGGCCUCGACCCGACUCUGGAUCGGGAGGAAGAGGAGGACAGAUAUGAUAGAGCGGCAUUUGGUAGAGAGGAUGCUGCAGACCGUGUAUACAUGAGUGAAAUCAUGGAUGACGGCAUCAACAUGAGCAUCAAUACUGUAGUGCCUGAGCUCCUUGAUGAUGCCAUUGACGAGAUCUGCGGUUUAUCCAAGGAUCCACGUGUAGAUCUCGGUGCAGCAUCUGCGAGACUCAGAGAAGACAAUGGUUCUGUUAAAGGUAGCCCUCAUUUGACAACUCAAGCAAAGGAGUGCCCGACUGUCGGGAUGCAAGCAAUGCAAACUCAGGAUACUGGGGUGAAGCCUAUACUGAAGAGGAAGGAGGAGCAAGGCGAUUCAAAACCAAGGAAACGUGUCAGGUUUAAUGCUGAUGUGAAAGAUCAAGCAGUGGAGCUUUCUGAGCAUGAUGAAGAUUCUCCCAUGGUUCCUCAGUCCAUGGAUAUGGUAACUUCAAAGGACAACUCCUCCACUUCAUCUCAGUCUGCUGGGAUUCCUGACUAUGUUAGGAACCCUGCAAAGUACACACGUUACACUCUGGACACACCGGAGACUACUGAUGAAUCUAACCGUAGAGCGCUUGCAGAUUUGCACAAUCUGUUAGGCAGAUCAGAUCCCAGCAAGCUGCAGCCUGAGACACCUGUUGAGAUUCCUAGCUCCGUAACAUUCAUCCCUCGGAAGAAGCCAGUUGAUGCCAUGGUGGUGGAUGAAGGCCCCAAAUCCAGUGAUGCAAAUUCAUCUCUCAUUACUCCAGCAGCAGUAGCCUCUGAUGGAACCGAUCAGUGUGAGAUGGAUGAAGAUGAUCCUAAGGCAUCACCACCACCACUGAUACAGACCAACGCCAAGAUGAACUCCCGCCGUUACAGGUCAAGUAGGGCAGAUGAUGAGUAAAGCUGAUGUUUCUGGAGCCCCCUGUCGAUGUAUGUUUAAGAAAUUUACAAGUUUUUAAGGUUCCUGAUGAUGCUACCUGUGUUUAGGGGAUACUUUAUUGUACCUAUUCUUGGUUUUGUGAUCGGAGCUGACUGGAUGUUAAUCACGGUGUAAUUUAUAAUCAAUUUAUGUUUGAAUUUCUUAA